AUGCCCCACGCCCUCCAUGUAUUUCGAAGGUGGCGUUCGUGGAGCAUUGAGGGGCUGAGCGAAGCCGCCGGCGAGGAGGCCGUAAACGUCGGAGCAAGGGAUGGAAGGCGGCCAAGCGCCAAGUCUUCCCCAAAGGCUUGGGAAGUCUUGUACGAGAGAUUUUUGCUGGACGUCGGGGAUAGCAGCCUGGCGAUGGAGCUAUCGAGGAGACACGCUGGAGCACAAGAUAUAAUGACCACUGGCGGCGGCGGGACCAACGUCGGCAGAAGACGUACUGACGCCGCCGCCAUGUCUGAAAGAACCGGCGGGGUGGAGGAGGCCGCUGUGCGGGGCGGACAGCUUUUCGGGCACCUCGCAGGCAGAGGAGGGGGAAACUCCACCGGAUCAGGCGGCUACGGUUCUGCCGACGACAGCGAGGUUUUUUUCCACGAGGGGAUUUCGCGGGAGGACUCCGGCUGGAGUGAGCUGGCGUUCGGCAUGGAGUUGUCUGGGUCGUACGACCAACAUCACCAUCACCGGUCACGGCUAAGAUCGACCUCCGUGGGUUCCGUGGAAAAGGCUACCACCCCGCUGUGGACCAGAGGCCCAAUCAACGCGAGACUGUCAGACCCGACCCUCGGGGACGGGGAGGGGUUGGAGGGCGAUCCAACAGCGGACCGCAUGAACUUGCUCCGCAAGACUUUCACCCAGGCGCGGAACCAGCGUCUGCGCGACGUGCCAGACGACAGCGUCUCUGCCUUUCUCGGCGACGAGCUCUCCGUGCACCACAAUAACUACUUCGGGUCCUCGUGGGGGGGGCGCAGCAGCAGCAACGGCAGCGGGGGCGCGGGCGGGGGUGGGAGCGGGGGGGAUUCCGCCGGGGUAUGGGGGGUAACGUCUUUCGACGUCCCCGCCGCCGCUGGGGGGGGCGGCCUCGUGCAGUGGUCUCGCGAUCGCGGAGGGGGGCGGCAGCCGCCCGACUGCUGGGCAAACGUCGGGGGCGCUAGCGCCGCCCUGUUCGGGAGGUCGAGAAAAGUCCUGUCGCUCGGAAACUUGCAGGGGGCGGCGAUGGCGGCGGCCGCAGCGGCGGCGGCUGCGGAGGCGUCCGUGUCGGCGCUGCCGUCGAGUGGCCCGCCGCGAAAGCGGGAAGUCGUGCCCGCCACCGCCGCCGCCGCUGCCGCCGCUUGCCGAGCGGCAGCGGCAGAAGAGCCGACUCUGCCCGCCCAUGAGCCGCCGGCCGUACAAGCUAGAUCCGCGACCGGUGCAGCAGCCCCGCCUGCCGAAAGCAGCGGCGGCGCUUCGCACCGUGAUGGCGGAAGCAGCAAAGUUGCUGGCGGUGCGCAGGAACGCCAGCGCGAGGACGAGGAGCAGGAGGAGAAGCAGCAGAAGGCUCGGGGAUCGGAGACGACGCCGACGCAACCGCCCGCGGGGGUACACGCGGCGGGUGAGUGGGGGGCUACCAGCAAAAGCAACCUUCGACCGAUGCCCGCAGACAGCGGCAAGGGCUUCGGCGUGGGGGGUGGGGGCAUCGGCGCGAGGUCGACAUCGGCGCUGCUGGACAAGCUGGCGCACGAGCAAGAUCGCGGGCAGUCGGUGAUGAUGCCUUUGAUGAACUGGGACGACUGGACCCCGGACCGCCUGCACUGGACUUACCCGGCCGUGGUUCACGCCUUCCCGCGGUGCCUCUACGAGGCCGCGAGCACCACCACCACCCGGCGCCGGCGGCAAGAAGGAACGCGGCGAAACCGGUGCCGUUCCGACGGUGCCCCGGCGAUCCCGCCGGUAGCGGCGGGGGAGGUACCCAGGGAAGCACGAGGUCAAGCGAGCGGGGUACUACUGCCCCAGGGGGGGAACGGCAAACGGGAUGGACCGGACGAGGAGACCUCCCCAUUGGGGGCGGCGGUGGUUGAUCGAGAGGCUGAGGUGGCGGCGGCGGGGGCAAUCCCUCCAAGCCCGUUCGAGCCGCUCUCGCUGGGGGAGGUGUAUAUCCGAACGGCGCCUGCUUCGGACCUCGCCCCGGCCGGGGUGGGCGCGGGGCCGUGGAGGCGGCGGUGGCUCGUGCUGCGGCAGACGUACAUGUUCGAGCUUUUGGAGCCGCCGUCGCCUCCGGUGCCCACCCUGGUUCUCGCCAGCGGGCAGGCGGGGGCGCAACCGCAACCGCAACCGCAACCGCAACCGCCACUGUCUGAUGCCGUGGCCGUCGACGGCACCGCCGUCUUUUUCGGCAGCCGAAGUAGAGGAGGGGACGAGGGGGGGGCGACGGCUGUCGAGCAGGGAGGCGGUAGCCUAGAAGAAGAAGCGGGAAGGCGGAAGGUCAGGAAACUCGAUCAGGAGCAGCCGCAGCAACGGCUGCCGGGAGAAAUGGGGCCGCCGCCGCCGCCGCCGCCGCCACCGGCCGUAGACGAGGGCCGGGGGGGGAACGAUGACGGUGGCCGGGAGGGCAACGAUGACGAUGGUGCCCAACAGUACGUGGCCCCCGUUGGGUUUGUAUGUCUAAGCAAGGCCUCCGUCGAAGACGGCGGGAUUGACUGGGGUCCGAAGACCCUGCUUCUGAGCUGUGGUGCCAAGCUCGCCCCGCGGACAUCUCUCGCGAAGAGGCUAGCGCCGCCGNGCGCCGCCGCCGUUAUCGGCGGCGGCGACGACGACGUCGUUGGCGGGAGCGCUAGCGUAAGGGCAAGGAGGCGGGUCGGUACGAAGAUCUGCGUGGAGCUGAGGGUGCCUAGCCCCGAGAUCGGCGAGCGCUGGGCAGCGCUCUUCCGAGAACGGGCAGCUCUAGAGAUGGCCUCUCUUUUCGAGCCCUGCCCCCCUGACUUCGAAGACAACACCAAGGGUGGCGGCAGCAGUGACAGUGGCAGUGGUGACCACCACAGCGGAGGGGGCGACGGCGGUGGAGGGGGGGGGAGGUUCAGUGGCGUCACGGAGGGGGCGGUCGAGACAGACACCGGUUUUUCGGUGCUCGGGACAGGGCGUUUCUCCAGGGUGGUGUGGGCCAGGAGGAAGCGACCCUGGGCGAGGGCUGGGGGUAGCGUCUCGGCGAUAAAGAUUGUCAACAAGCAGGCCUUCUGGUCCCGCGUCCGCGUCGGCAAGGAGCGGGUGGACACCCUCGCCAGGGAAGUCUUCUGCCAGACCACCCUGACCAUCAAGGGCGCGGAGGCCGCCUCGGGAGCAGCAGCCGGCGAUGACCCCUCCUCCGAAGAAAGUUCCGAAGAAUGCUCCGAAGAACGUUCCGAAGACCGGUCUUCUCGGGGGGCCGGCGGACCCGGGGCGGUGGGUGCCUGUGACGGCGCUGGGGGUGGAGGGAUCGUCCGCAUCCACAGCAUCUUCGAGACGGCGGACGACCUGAUCCUGGAGAUGGACCUCAUGUCGAGGACGGACCUGUUCGACCGCCUGUUGGAGCGAGACGGCGCCUUCUCGGAGAGGGAGGCGGCGGGGUUGACCCGAAACUUGCUUCUCGCGAUCGACAAGUGCAACAGGCUCGGAUUUUGCCACAGAGACGUGAAGCUGUCCAACCUCCUGUACCCCGGGCCGGCCUCUACUCACGGACCCGAGUGCGUCCUUCUCGCCGACUUCGGCAUGGCCACCACGGCCGGUCGGGACGGCUUGGUUCGCGGAAGGUGCGGCACUUCGGGCUACGUUGCCCCGGAGAUUCUGAAGGCCGGAAAGCAGGAGGGCUACGGCAUGAACGUGGACAUAUUCUCGGCUGGAGUCGUCCUCUACAUUUGCCUGUGCGGCUUCGAGCCGUUUUUCGGGGUGACGGAGAAGGACGUCAUCGCGGCCAACAAGGAGGCGGCGUUCGAGUUCCCCCCGGAGGCGUGGGAUGACAUUUCCGAGGGGGCUAAGGAUCUGAUCCGCCAGAUGAUGGAACCGGACCCUGCCAGGCGUAUUACGCCUCAAGAAGCUCUUCGGCACUCUUGGAUAGUGCAGCAUCGAACAUCGCUACACUAGCGGCAGCUGUGAUUCCGCCAUUGGGGCCACGGCGUCGUCACCAGUAUCACAUUGACAACAAAACAAGACCCUCGGCGAUGACUCAGACUGAAGAGUCGAGCGACCGGGGGCCGGAGCGGCUUUGGCGAAAGCGCACGUGUACAUCAUGCUCCGAGAACAAUCAAAUUGGAUGGUUGGUAUGGAGAGGAAGGGGUCGGAGUCGGUUGGGUAUGAUCAAAGAGAAAAUCGCAGGCGAAAGUCUUUUGCUUUUUUUGAAGGGGUGAAAAAUAAUCACAAUCUCGCCGCGUUUUGACCCCCUCUAUAGACGUGGUAAAAAAAUGAGCUUUGCGCUCUGUGACGGGGGGGGGGGUCUAUAUUUGUGCUGUUGUGUAAGCAGACUUUUUUUUCGUUUUGUGUGUUGGUGCUUGCGCCGGAAAUGGCGUCCUGAUUAAUUUUCGUCUGUCACGCGACACACCCUCGUUUUGGUAAUAGUUGCCGACUCUUGUGUCGCUUUUUGUUGUGUUCUAUUUGUUUUGCUGGUGGUGUAGCUGCCAAAAGUUCUCUUGAGAAAACAAGAGAUUUUUGCGUGGCUGUGAAAGGUAGUCAGGGGACCCGACGGCAUUUGCGUCUGUAUCUACCCUCUCCGUUUUCUCGCCACGGUUUUGUUACAUCACCUCCUCCGACCAUAUCGCUGCUGUGUGUUCGGGGAUGGUGCUUACUGUUCGGAUGGUGCUUACCUCUUGUGGUUUUCCUGCAGAGGUGGCGUUAGGUCGCUAGCGGGGUACAGGAGGAUGUAUUUCCCUCCUUCCUCUGUUGGUUUUGAUUUCUUGCCACAUGGGAAAUAAAUGUUUCCAACGUGGAUCCUCGGUGGUGUUGUGGUUGAUCCCCCGCUCGCAUCCUUGCCUAAUAUUGCCAACGAUGCUGUAGUCGUCUGCUUUCUCAAGGUACUGACUACUAGCAAGGCAGGCGCGUGUUCCGGCCAAGUGUGCUCGUGGGAUGCGGUGUAUAUGUUUAUGGAUGUAUGUUCAUGGAUAGGGUAUAACUCCCCCCCCGCCCUGCUAAAGUUGCGUUUUGUUUGCGUGAAGCUUGCAGGAAACGGGAACCGAUUUUCAGAUGCGCGUCGUCGGUAAGAUUAAGACAAGCCUUUGCUUUCUAAGAAAUGCCUAUACCUGCUCCGCGGAUUUGCUUGCGGAGUGUACAUAUCGGGUGCCGUGUGCGUGUUUGUCAACCUGAAAAGGGCAUCGAGUAGAUGGUUCCAUAUGUGUUAAUUAUGUGUAGCGAGAAUCGAUGCUACAUGGAGUACUCUAGAGCCGAACGGAGCUAAUGGCCGCCUCACAUUUUCCACGGCAGUGAAUCCUCAGCGACGCUGCUGCGGCACUACACGAUCCCUCGAGACCGUUUAGCUGUCAAGGGAAGGACUCGUGUCGGAGUGAGUUUCUAUGGGUGUUCGUUGCUUUCUGGGGCCAGCGUUCAAGAAUAGCUCUGCUUGCCGUGUGUCGCCGUGUCACAAAAACGCAGAGAAAGUGGUUUUGGGAGCCUCCCCCACCGUGAUCGGAGCUAGCUCCAAAGUCAGACAGGGUGGGGGCGUGCGUAAAGCACACGGUAUGAGCUAUUUUGUGACAGGGACGCGUCUUUCUGCGCCCAGCCCUUCCCGCACCAUUAAAUGGGCGGCUAGAUUUAUCGCGAAGCGGGGAGCCGCUGAGGAGGCUUGUUUGUGUUUGUUGCUUUUGGGCUUGCUUCGGGCGGGUACAAAGGAGGCUCAGGGGUAAACGCACCCCACCACUACAGUACCCGAAACCGGACCAAACGAAGACAUAUAUGAGAAACGAGGGAAAGAGGGAGGGGGGGAGAGAGAGUAGAGGGUUACCUUGGUGUUGUUGGUUAUGCUGCUUGAUUACCCCACCAGUGUUGUUAGGGUUGGGAGAGGUGUUUGCAAUCGACCGCCGCCAGACUACAUGGACUGCCGCGAGGGAGAAAGAGCAGAGUUGGUACGGUGGUGUGUCGCUUUUUCAGGGGGACUGGAGGGUUACCGGGGUUGUGUUGGCACGCCGUUGUUCCACCAGUAGACUAGACGAGGCGGAUCGUAUUUUCACAGGAAGGAAGGAGGUUCGGCGAAACAAGGCGGUAGACUAGUACAAGGUAUCGGCUAGACUGACGGCGGCGGGUUAAACCGAAUCUACGCUAUUUUUUUGUGUCAUGUGUCUCGAGUACUGGAACGGUCGGACAGAAAGCUGCGGCAGAUUAACGUGGUCGAUGCCAACAAACGAACCACACACGCGUUCGUGUUGUGGGGAUUCGCGAUCGGCCUGAUUGCUCCACAGGCAGACUCUGUGGUGCGGGUGCAUAAUCACUGUGCAAUGAGCACUUGAGCCCUGCCACUUCAUUCACUAGUACAACUUUUGCUGUUGCUCUUGUUUUUGUACAUCUGGCUGUCUACCCAUCUGCCGCCUCUUUGUCCUGUUUGCUCCGUUA